CAAUAAUGCAUUAAUGCCCAUGUACGUUGUUGCUUAUUGUGAAGCGAGUUGUUGUUGGGCGUAUCAGCGCAGAGUUCUUGAUCUACGUUAUUGUUAGGUUAUUUGUUAAGCUCCUCGACCUCUCUCUCUCUCGCUAGAUCUCUUCGUUUCGUCUCUUUGAUUCCGUUGCAGAUCUCGACUUCAGGCAGUAUCUCCGCCAGUCUUCCACGAUUUGUGGUUGAUGAUUCCUCAUGCACUUCUAAUGGAUGUGUCUUGACAGGAAGAUAUAGUAGUUAGUAUGAGUUUUUUGUAAUGAGAAGAAGAUGAAAGUAACUCAUGCAUUGCAUUAUGGCAAUGGGAACACACAAUAUUUGCCAGUGUCACGUGGUAGGCCAUCUGCAAGGCCGCCUCUCUGGAUACUGAUAUUAGUAUGUUUGGUAUGUGUAUCCUUGAUUGGGGCCUAUGUAUAUCCACCUCGGCGGUACUCAGCUUGCUACUUUUUUUCUUCACGGGUGUGCAGUCCUAUUAUGGAUUGGCUGCCUCCUAUAGCACGAGAGCUUACAGAUGAUGAAAUUGCUUCUCAAGUUGUCAUUAAAGAAAUACUUUCAACCCCAUUAGUGCAACCAAAGAAUCCCAAAAUUGCCUUUAUGUUCUUGACUCCAGGUUCAUUGCCCUUUGAAAAACUCUGGGAGGUUUUUUUCCUGGGUCAUGAAGGAAAAUUUUCCAUCUAUGUACAUGCAUCACGGGAGAAGCCAAUGUAUGUGAGUCCUUUAUUCAUUGGACGUGACAUUAGGAGUGCAAAGGUUGUGUGGGGUAAAAUUUCCAUGGUGGAGGCAGAGAAAAGGCUCCUGGCGAAUGCGCUCCAAGACCCUGAUAAUCAGCACUUUGUUUUGCUCUCUGACAGUUGUAUUCCUUUACAUAAGUUCAAUUAUGUGUACGACUAUCUGAUGGGAACAAACAUCAGCUUCAUUGAUAGCUUUUGGGAUCCUGGUGCUCAUGGAAAUGCAAGGUAUACUGAGCAUAUGCUGCCUGAGAUUGAAGAGAAGGAUUUUAGAAAGGGUUCACAGUGGUUCUCAAUGAAGCGCCAGCAUGCUUUGAUAGUUAUGGCAGAUAGCUUGUAUUUCACAAAGUUCAAGCUUUAUUGCAAGCCAGGUUUUGAUGGGCGUAAUUGUUAUGCUGAUGAACACUACAUGCCGACUCUAUUCACUAAGAUUGAUCCUACUGGUAUUGCAAACUGGUCAGUGACGUGUGUGGACUGGUCUGAAGGAAAAUGGCAUCCGAAGUCGUACAGGGCCGUGGAUGUGAAAUAUGAACUACUGAAGAAUAUAACUUCUAUUGGUGAUAAUUACCAUAUCACAAGUGACGAAAAGAAGGUGGUGACACUGACGCCUUGUGUGUGGAAUGGAAUGAGAAGGCCAUGUUAUUUGUUUGCUAGGAAAUUUUUGCCCGAAGCCCUUGACAGCCUGAUGCAGUUGUUCUCCAACAAUACAGUUAUUUAAAUGAUCUACGAGAUCACUAUUCUUUGGUGCAGUCUCUACAUGUGACCUCCCCUUGCUCGUCCCGAGUAAUGUAUCUCUUGAGAAUACAUGUGUAAACUGGGAAACUCUUUUAACGUCUGUCUGGAGCAUCGACAAGGUGGAAGAUCGAUCACUAUGGAAGAUUGUAUGAUCAUGUUAGUGAGGCGUCUGCUAUUUUUCUGAGGCACUAUGUCAUGUAAUUUUUCUCGGUCUUCUUUGUCCUUUGUUGGACAAAAAAUCUUGUUAAUGUAUUCAACUUUUACCAAAGUAAUUUUCCCAUUUCACUUCA